AUGUUCCUGUUGGGCUCCGGAGAUGAGAUGACCCUUGUGGUGUCGGUUGGAGCGUCUGAAAGCCAUUACUCUCACAUCACUCCCCCUCUCCCCAGCCUCUCCGUCUGUCUGUUCCUGUGCGACGGAGUCAGUAACACCCCAGCAGGAGGUGAACGAGAGAGUGCUGGAGGCAGGAAGGAGAGGUGCGGGGCGCAGAAUUUCAGUACACCAACAAGCAUUAUGCCCGGCAAGCAACUCAACGUAUGA